AUGGUUCUUCCAAAAACCCUAGUAACGCUAAUGGUGAGCAAAUUGAGGAAGAUCGCUGUCACAAGAAGAAUGGGAAAUAGUGUUUCUUCUUCGCUGUUGAGCGCAUCGUUUUCUUCUGAUGAUAGAAGGGGUUACUUUGUGGUCUACACUGUGGACAAAACCCGUUAUGUGUUGCCUCUGAAGUAUUUGAAAAGUGAGGUGGUCAUGGAGAUAUUGAGGAUGUCUGAAGAAGAAUUUGGAUUCUCGACCGAUAAACCAAUUGUGUUACCGUUCAAUACUACUGUAAUGGAUCAAAUUAUUUCUUUGCUCUCGUCGCAACAAGAUGGAGAUGGAGGCAUAGAGCAAGUACCGAUAAACGAUAUUGCUACGGCCAAGGGUUGCUCAUCGUUAAACCAGAGUUCUUUUAUCGCACAUCAUCACUCUUGCGAAAGCUUAUGUGCUCAAUAA